GUUGCGGUUGUAAAAAAAUUAUUGUGAUUUUAGGAAGUCAAAUAUGAGAUUUUUUUAUGAGGAAAAGUUUCUCCCGAGUGGGUUCUAUGCAUCGAUGCAUCAAUUCGCAGACGCAUAAUUCACUUUCUUUUUAAACUGUUUUAAUUCAAUGUUGCAAAUGCACGUAGAUAAGAAAGCGUUAAGGUGUGUUGUUUAUUUAUUGGAUUUAUUAGGAUUCUUAGAUGAUCAUCAUUAACGAACAACAUGUACUACGAGCCAGUAGUAAACCGGUGCCUACCCACAACAAAAAUAAAACCAACAAAAUACCCCAGUUUCACCCAAAUUAACAAUUUCCGAAACAUGGAUGCGGAUCAUUUUUACGACGACGAGUUUGGGAACAAUAAUAAGGGGGCACUGCCCCCCGUUAAACCUCCUAGGAAAUUUCAGAGGAGGCUCAGUUUAAGAAACUCGUUUUCUGAAGAGAAUCCAAUUAAAAUGAAAAAUGGAAAUGGAGACUAUUGCGUUGACGUCGACCAUAUCCAUGUCGGGUUCAAAACAUCGUGCAAGGGAGAACAAACGAUUGCUAAUGCCGAAGUUCAGACGACACAUUUAGUGCCUUAUCGGUUAAGAUUUUGGCCAAGAACGGACUGUGAUUUCAAGUUAAGUCCAUCAGAAACCAAUUGUGCUUUAAAAUUUAAAUGUUGUUUAAAGAUACUUAGCCAAUGGAUUUUAUCACAGGCAGGACUUACCAUUAUUGUAGUAACAUGGGCCCUAAUAGGUGCCUAUGCGUUUUAUAUAACCGAAGGUCCCAGAGAGCAAAAACAAAGCGAAACUUUAGCCACCAUCCAAAAAAAUCUCUCUACAGCUUUAGCCACGGAGCUGAGCCAAUCCGAAGACCAUGUGGACACGUGGCCAGCCAUGAUCCACAAAUACUUUGAGAAGCACGAAACGUUGUUCCUUGAUGCUGUUGGAGCCGGAUUCGGUGAGGGGGGAGGAGGAAACAUUUGGACUUAUCCAGGAUGUUUUUUGUUUAGUGUGUCAUUAUUGACAACUUUAGGUUUUGGUGCGCCAGUACCAAGAACACCACUAGGACGUGGCACCGCCGUAGUCUUCGCCAUGGUGGGCAUCCCCCUCCAUUUCCUCCUAGUACUAAAUAUUGGAAAUCUGACCGCAGUGAAAUUGCAACAAUUGGCCUUUCGCACCCACUCUACAGAUGUCCCAAGUAUGACCGAACAGCCGAAAUGGCUAAAGUGGCUGCCGUUCAUCACCAUUUUACUGUAUUACUUACUGGGGGUGGUCGUUUUCGGGGUAGCACGCAGUAGGGACACGUUACACGCUUUCAUGUUUCCGUUGGAUUUUACCGCAAGCGGUGGAGUGGCCAACGUGCCGGGUGGUUUUAGGAUCUGUUACGCGUUGUAUUUGGAAAUUGCGGUCACUUUGGCCGCCAUUGCGGUUAGUCUAAUACAAGCCUCGGCUGGAAAAGGGAUUGUUGAUGUAGGGUUAAAGUGGGGGUUAUUGACGAACACCUGAAAAUGCGUGGUGAUGAAUCGGUUGAUCAGUAUAAAAAAAAGUUGAAACGCACACGUUUUAUUACCAUCUAUGGGUUAAUUUUGCGUUUUAGCACCAUCUUUAUGGGUUAAAUAUGAGUGGUUAUAGUAAAUAAGUUGUUCCUGGAAUGACUAAAUUAAACUGGUAGAAGCUACGAUUUUUUAUAAGCAAAAAAUGCCAACACUUUUUGUAUGAGAGCUUCACCCUUUUUGGCCUCAAAUAAAUAAUUUGUGUUAUUGUUUUAGUAGUAGGUAUUUAAGCUUUCUGCCAACUAAAAAUACUUGGCUAAUAGUGGCGGUAAGGUCAUUGAUUCAAAUAUAAAUAAUUUCUCAAAAAGCUCACAUAAAAAUGCCUCAUAAAUAUGAAUAUUACAUCAAAGCCAUAACAAAAUACUCAGAUACCGACAGAUACGUCAAAUGCGUGUAAAACCAAGAACAUGACUCCAAAAAGUAAAAAAACGUAAAAAAAAAAUUCCAAUUCCUAGAAACAUAAAAAAUUACGUAAAAUGCUUGGAGUAAAAUAAAACAUUACUUAAAACUGAAAAAUUGCAAACGCCUAAAGGAAAGGAAAGAAUAUUGCCAAUUCAUGGACUGCAUCAAAGCCCUGAAACAAUAUUAAAUAUCUUUUAAAGUCUGAAAGAAAAAUGGCUUUUAAGACCGUAAGAAUUUCGUAAAAUGACUGGAAACAAAAUAACGAAUUACUGCCAAAAGCAGGGAAAUUGGGAAAAGUUGGUUAAAUGCUUGGAGCAAAAUAAGAAAUGUCUAUAUAAAAGUAUCCUAAAAUACUUAGUUCAAAAUGUCGGCCAAAACCACAAGCCACCACUGUUGACUAAUAUAAAAUGCUAUUAACUAAGUCAUAUGAAUUUUAAAUUAUAUUUUCUAUUUUUCUUCCCAAAAAGUUAGGAAAGUAAGUGUGGGUAGAAAUAAAAUAUGAUUAGAUUCA